GGUGAUAGCCGCAGCACAGCCGUGCGUCGUGCCUGAAGUCGACCUCAUAUCAGAACAUUUGGAAGUUAACCAAAUAGUUUCCCGAGCAUCUGUAAAUCAAAUCAAAAGAUUCAUCAGAGGUGAGUUUGAGACUCCACUGGCACCAGCAGCGGGCAGGCGAAAUUUCAAGACGUGACACAGACCACCUUGACCGCGUGAGACUUCAGCGCGGAAGCGCAGUUUGUCUCCUCUGGGCGAUCAGACCACUUAUAAGCGUUUGUCUCACAGCUAUUCCUUAUGAGAUAUUCGCGGCUCACGGCCAGGGAUGAAGUGGCUGUAAACGCAGGCUCCUCGCUCGAAAAUGUUCUUAGCAACCAGUACAGGGCGAAGGCUCGGCGACAGAUCCGAGAAAAAAUUGAAAGGCUACUCUGGCUCAUCUUCUCCUUGACUACGAUAUGGUAUGGCGAUGGGAAGAUCAACCUCGUAACGUGGCUGUAUAAUCGUUAUUCGGCAGUCAGAACCUGGUUUCUUCUCGCUCUGUUCGCAAUCUCUGCAAACGGGAUAAUCCUGAUGUAUCUCAUACAUCGACAUGAUCUUCACCGAAAAGGCUCAAGGUGGGAGAGUCAAGCAAGUUGGGCGGUCCCUACGUCUUGUUGUCUGGGGUUUGUAUCAUUCGUCGGGUUUGGAGCUGUAUUAUGGCCUAUUUAUAGUUGGGUCACCCCGAUUGCCGAGGUAGUACUGUGCAUGGGCCUCUUGAUGUCAAGCUAUUUUGUACCAAGUUUGAAUCAACUACCACAAAAGCUAAGUUGACGAGACCAUUCAAACAACACAUGCAACAUUCAUGACGAUAUUUCGAGCACGAAAAACCAAACGAAAGCUCGAUCUUAACACGCGACGCGUGUUAAAUCUGCUUCAAGCUGCAAUUGAGGUCUCGCGUCCUUAGGACUUCAUAGACUACUUGAACAAACAUAUGGUACCUUCGUACCUAAAUUUGUUGGGAGUUCUUCACCAACGGAACUCUCCGUUUCCUCUUCCGAAUAAAAUGUCUCUAUUCUCGAG